AGCUGGAGCACUGUUGGGAUAAUAUAAAAAGCACGUAAAGCUUCACUUGCUUUGUUUCCUCUCCACCCAAGCGAGUUUCUCUUUCUCUCUCUCUCUCCGAGGAAUCUCUCUUUCUUCUAGCUGAGCGUGUUUCUAUCCCCCGGAGAUGGCGGAAGAGAAGAAAGUAGCUCCGAUUGGUGUCUGGAAUACCGUGAAGCCCUUCGUGAAUGGCGGUACCUCCGGUAUGCUCGCCACUUGCGUUAUCCAGCCGAUCGACAUGAUCAAGGUGAGGAUUCAACUAGGUCAGGGAUCUGCAGCCAGUGUGACCAAGAACAUGUUGAAGAACGAUGGUAUUGGUGCUUUCUACAAGGGAUUGUCUGCUGGUUUGCUAAGGCAAGCAACUUACACCACAGCCCGUCUUGGAUCCUUCAAGAUGCUGACUGCAAAAGCAAUUGAGGCUAACGAUGGGAAGCCACUACCUCUGUAUCAGAAGGCUCUAUGUGGUCUGACAGCUGGUGCUAUUGGUGCUUGCGUUGGUAGUCCAGCUGACUUGGCGCUUAUCAGAAUGCAAGCUGAUAACACCUUGCCGUUAGCUCAGCGCAGGAACUAUACCAAUGCUUUCCAUGCGCUUUACCGUAUUAGCGCUGAUGAAGGAGUUUUGGCGCUUUGGAAAGGUUGUGGUCCCACUGUGGUCAGAGCUAUGGCUUUGAACAUGGGAAUGCUUGCUUCUUAUGAUCAGAGUGCUGAGUACAUGAGAGAUAAUCUCGGUCUUGGGGAGACUUCUACGGUCGUAGGAGCAAGUGCUGUUUCGGGAUUUUGUGCUGCCGCUUGCAGUCUUCCAUUCGACUUUGUCAAGACUCAGAUCCAGAAAAUGCAACCGGACGCUCAGGGUAAAUAUCCAUACACGGGUUCGCUAGACUGUGCCAUGCAGACCUUAAAAUCAGGAGGACCUCUGAAAUUCUACACAGGUUUCCCUGUGUACUGCGUCAGGAUCGCCCCUCACGUCAUGAUGACAUGGAUCUUCCUGAACCAGAUUACUAAGUUCCAAAAGACCAUUGGUAUGUGAUCUUCAAGCCAUCCUUGUGAAGUGCGGAGCCAAUAAUAAGACGAGAAGAACGAAAACACAAUUGGAAUUGUGUUCUUUUACCUUUUUAACAAUAUACAUAUGCCUUGAAGCAUUAUUUGAGACUUAGAUAUUUUUUUUUGUCGUCGUUGAUUGGUCCGUGAACUUUUAAAUUUUUUAAAUUUUGUUUAAGAUUUUUGGCCAUUAAGUAACUUCAAAACUACUGAUGCAUCGAAAUAAUAUUUUUAUUUACUUGGUUAA